CGCUCAAACCCGAGACCCCCGGGUGACCGGGUGGGAGCUGCUCACUCCGGUGGGUUGCCUUGUCUGCUACCAUGGCCUGGACCAAGUACCAGCUGUUCCUGGCCGGGCUCAUGCUCGUCACCGGCUCCAUCAACACGCUGUCGGCAAAGUGGGCAGACAACUUCAUAGCCGAGGGCUGCGGAGGGACCGCAGAGCACAGCUUCCAGCAUCCCUUCCUCCAGGCAGUGGGCAUGUUCUUGGGAGAGUUCUCCUGCCUGGCUGCCUUCUACCUGCUCCAGUGCAGAGCCACAGGGCAGUCAGUCUCCAGUGUGGAUCCCCAGCAGCCCUUCAAUCCCCUUCUUUUCCUGCCUCCAGCCCUCUGUGACAUGACAGGAACCAGCCUCAUGUAUGUGGCCCUGAACAUGACCAGUGCCUCUAGCUUCCAGAUGCUGCGGGGUGCAGUGAUCAUAUUCACAGGCCUGUUCUCAGUGGCCUUUCUGGGCCGAAGGCUGGUGCCAAGCCAGUGGCUGGGCAUCCUGGCCACCAUCGCUGGACUGGUGGUAGUGGGCCUGGCUGACCUUCUGAGCAAGCAAGACAAUCAGCACAAGCUCAGCGAAGUGAUCACAGGGGACCUGUUGAUCAUCAUGGCCCAGGUCAUCGUUGCCAUCCAGAUGGUGCUAGAGGAGAAGUUUGUCUACAAGCACAAUGUGCACCCACUCCGGGCAGUGGGCACUGAGGGCCUCUUCGGUUUUGUGAUCCUCUCCCUGCUCCUGGUGCCCAUGUACUACAUCCCUGCCGGCUCCUUCAGUGGAAACCCCAAGGGGACACUAGAGGAUGCCCUGGAUGCCUUCUGCCAGCUGGGCAAACAACCAUUAAUCGCCCUGGCUUUGCUGGGCAACAUCAGCAGCAUUGCCUUCUUCAACUUCGCAGGCAUCAGUGUAACUAAAGAAUUGAGUGCCACCACCCGCAUGGUGCUGGACAGUUUGCGCACCGUGGUUAUCUGGGCCUUGAGCCUGGCCCUGGGAUGGGAGACCUUCCACCCUCUGCAGAUCCUUGGCUUCCUCAUCCUCUUGACAGGCACUGCCCUCUACAAUGGGCUGCACCGCCCACUGCUGGCCUGCCUGUCCAGGGGCUGGCACCCUGCCCCGGAGGCCGAGCGUGAAAGACUGCUAGAUGGCAACCGGACUCCCAUCAAUGAAACCAACUGAGCCUUUCAUGGGGCCUCUGCUACCACCCAGUGUUCUCUCUUCACCUUCUUCUCCCUGAGGCUGAGGCCACAUGGGCUGGUGGGCCUUGAAAGCCCUGUCCCCAAGGCCUUACCCUGCCCUUUCCCUACUGACCCUCCAGGGCAGCUGUUACCAUAGAAGGCAAAAGGACACCSAGCUCCUUUUUUCCCCACUACCUGCAGGAUGGUGUGACCCAGUCCCCACAGGCCUGAGUGUCACUGACCCCAGCCCUCUCAGCAGUACUAGAGCUAAAUCAUGAAUUCAAAAGGCAGGGAUUUACAACCAUAGUAUUUCUGAAUCAUAAACUAGAUUGUCAUGAUAGAUUAUCUAGCUUAUGAAUCAUAAGCUUCGAAGAAGAGAAACCAGUGAGCUGGCUCAAACCAGAACUAAGUACUAUAUUUUCUGAAACUUUUAAGAUAUUCCUUAAACCUGUCUGGAGAUCUGGGUUUCAUCCCAAACUGCUGCAAACUCAGUAUGUGCUCCUUGGCCUGUUAGCUCUGGAAAGUUGUUUUCCAUGCUGUGGCCUUUGGUGCCUUCUGGCCCCAGCAUCUUGUGAGCCUCUGAUUUUGACCAACCCAAGGAAAGAGAAACAGCCCCCUUACACCUCCCCUCCCUGUGCCUGUUUCGUUCUCAUUCACACUCCACAGGCCUCGCUGUCUGGGAAAGACUACAAGGGAAUUCCAGGCAGUCCUUGAUUAUCAUUUUAUGAACUUGUAUUUUAAAUAUGAGGAAACUGAAGCCCAGAGUUAUAAGUUUGAAAAGGGRACUCUCCUGCCAUUAGCUCUGACCAGGGAUGUGGGGGAACCCCAGGCUAUGCAGGUGCAUAACUCUGCCACAGGUGGGACCUAGAGCACAUCUGCAUCUCAACCCCAUCCCAGCUGCCUAGCCUUGAAGAGAACCCGUCAGGGUAAAGCAUUUGCCGAGUAAUUCCAGUACCCUGGGCGCUGUGUAGAGUGCUUAACUUGUUGUAACAGCCUGCAGAGGUGGCACAAUGGAGAAAUCUGGCCCAGAGAAGGCUAAGUGGCUUCCCAUGGAGCCAGUAUUCUAGCCUAGUUCUGCUUCCUGACCUGAGGCCUCACCUACCAUAGGGAUCCCUAUGGAGUCAUUGGGGUAGAAUUCUUUGGCUGCUUCCCCCAGGUACCCCCACCUGCAGAAAGGUAUGAUAUCAGGACCCCCAGCAAGCAGGCAGCCCUUAAUUCCAAUAUUGCUCUUUGGAAUGGUUGAGUGGUGCCUCAAACCAUUUUUCUAGGUGACUCAGACAUGAAACACUGAAUGCUGAAUGCCUGUUAGUGCGGAAGGGGACCUUUGAUGAGCRAAACCCUCAGGUUGGGUCUGAUUUGAACCAGUUAUCACGAUGUGUCAGAGGCCUCUUGGGUCCACCAGCUCUAGGUCCUAGUGGCCUUUGCUUCUCUCAACCAGUAUGUCACAGA